AUGGGAGACGCUACAUGUUCCAUCCCAAGCGGAUCGAACAUAGGAGUGGCCGGUUCCGCAGCUCUGGAAUACGGUGAAAAUAAUGAGAAGGAGUGCGCGAAAGUUGCAUUGAUUACAUCGAGCUCUGAAACGAUGGCCUCCACAGAUAUAAUGCUCCAGCAGCAACCCCAACUACCUGCCACUCCAGGCCAAGAAGGUAUUCACAGCUCUGUGAUAUCGAAUGGCGAUGUUACUCCAACAGCGCCCGAUCUAACUGCUGCAAAAAAUAUUCACCUGAGAAAUAUUGCUCCUCGCCCGAGUAGUAUACCUCUUGCCACAUCAACAGCUGCAUCCAAACGGCAGAGGAUGGCGGUAACAACAACUCGUCGUCGUAGAAGUGACCAGAGAGGCUCCAAAAGGCGCAGAACGGGGAGGAAUAAUGGUAUGGAUGAUGACGACGAGGAAGUCGAAGCCGGUGAUUCUAGUUCUGAUGGAUCCUCCAAUGAAGCUACGCCGGUCACCACACAAACCAAGUCGGGUCGACAAAUUCAUCGGCCGACAGCAUUUUGUCCCACACUUCCUGGUGCUGGAUCAGGAUCGCCAACUGGGCCCGAUGCGUCAUCGUCGUCACAAGCACGAAAGCGAAGACGAGUCUAUCGUAAGGGCAAAGAAAUGAAUAUCACAUGCAAACAUUGCGAGAGAGCCCAUAGCUCUGCCGGGAAUGCGAUUGUGUUUUGUGAUGAUUGCAAUCGUCCCUGGCACCAGUUUUGCCACGAUCCUCCGAUUGAGAAGGAAGUGGUUACCGUGAAAGAGCUGGAGUGGUUCUGCAAAGAGUGUCAGCCUCCGGCUGAUGCUCAGCCAGAUGAGAUGCCGUGCCCUCAACAAGCCUCUACUAAUAAUAGGAUAGAUACCUCCAAUCAUCUACCCACUCUCCCAUCGGAGAUUAAAGUUAGCGGCGCGCAGUUCUCGCUGGAGCAGAAACGAGGAUAUCUAUCCAGUCUUUCCCACUCCCACCUCGUUGGCAUUCUACUAGACCUUUGCACCGCUACGCCUGAGUUACCCAUCUUCCCCGAUAACCUUCCAGAUCUACCAUCAUCCACUCUGCUCCAACCAACAGCACAAGCACCAGCAAUACAGACCAACGCAAUUGACAGAUCAUCUCUUAUACCCGGCGGGUCCACCCCGUCGGCUCCAGCCAUCGCUACUCAGGAUUCCCUAACAACCCCUCAAUUCUCCGCCGCAGACAACCCGCCUUUACCACCUGCCUCCACUGAUCCCUCAGCCGUCCCAGAGCAGAGUAGCUUAACCGGAAGGGAUGACGACGAACUCAGUGACGAUGAUGAAUAUAUGUAUGUAGAAGAUCACCGGCUAUACCCCAAGGCUGGAAAUGGUUUCCGCCUGCCCCCUGACUCAGAGGAUCUGGACAUGCUCCUUGAAGAUCCGGCGUGCACCACAUUCAGCCACGCCCUCCAUGGCCCGGCAAAGGCAAGGCUACUGGGCUCAGGCGGCUUACCGAUCAGUGGUGCAGCUUAA